AGAUUAGAGGUAUAAAAGAGACUGCUGGAAGGAAUAAACAAUAGAGCGUCGGAGUCAGUUUGGGGUCAGAGAGAUUUGGGUGAGGUGGGCAGGGUGUGGAAGUGGCACAGGCAGGUCACAGCAGAGCUUUAUGUGUCGGGCCUAGUCUGGGAGGCAAGUGAGACCGUAGUUGGCAUCUGAUUGGCAUUAGCGGGCGUGACAUUGGCACAGGUGAGAGACUAUAUUUAGCACAGGUGAGAGACUAUAUUUGGCACAGGUGAGACUAUAUUUGGCAUUAGCCAUGGCCUCUAGUCCAGUUGCGUUGCCCCUGCUCCCCUCUCUGAGCUGCAUUAUGUGCCAGGACGUGCCCCGGGAGCCAGUCACACUGAGCUGUGGCCAUUGCCUGUGCCGGGGGUGUUUGGAGCGGGCGUGGAGAGGGCAAGAGGCCUACCCUACCUGUCCCAAGUGCCGCCCCCCUCCUGCUGUACCGACCCCAGACACCGUUCAGCGGGGCGCCUGCUCGGAACAUGGAGAGAAGCUGCAGUUAUUCUCCACACAAGAUGGCCGACUUAUGUGCCCCUCCUGUAGAGAUGCCGCCCAACAGCACCCUCCCCACACACUCGUACCCCUGCAGGAGGCAGUGGGGGGCUACAAGGAUGAACUCAUCUCUGCACUUGCCCCGCUGGAGGCCCGACUCAAGGAGCUGCAGCAAAUGCAAUGUGCCCAGGAGCAGAUGAUCGCCCAACACCGGGGGAAUGUGCUGAGCACUAAACAUCAUGUCAAUGUGGAGUUUGAGAAGCUGCACCAGUACCUGCGGGAGAGGGAGGAGAGGCUCCUGCGUGAGCUCCAGCAGGAGGGAGACGUCAUACUGACUGACAUGGAGGAAAGUCUCAAUAAGAUCAAACACAACUGUCAGGGGAUCCUACAGACCAUCAGCUCCACCCAACCCAGACUGUAUGAGCAAGAUUCCAUCUCCUUCCUUACUGACAUAAAGUCGUGUAUGGAGAUAUGUUAUGCGGGUUACAGAGACGGCUUCCCAGCCCAGAAUGUAGUGGCCCCAAGGGACUUUGGCUUUGGGGCAGUAAAGGAUCUGAUUCAAUACACGGCCUGGAAGGAUAUGAAAUCUUAUAUCAGCCCAGCUCUGCCCAAUAUAAUCAUGGACCCCAGCACAGCGCAUCUCAAUCUGAUCCUCUCCGAAGACCUGACUUGUGUCCGAUACAGCGACACCAAGCAGAACAUGCCGGAAAAUCCCAGACGCUUUGAUUACUGCUGUUGCGUACUGGGUACGGAGGGCUUUACGUCGGGACGGCACUACUGGGCUGUGGAGGUCUCCAACAAGACCAAAUGGAACCUCGGGGUGGCUAAGGAGUCGGUGAAUAGGCGUGGUGGGAUUACCCUGUCCCCCGAGAAUGGUUUUUGGAUACUCUGGCUUCGAAAUGGCCACGAGUUCAAGGCCUUGGAUGUCCCGUACCGGACUCUCACCUUGAGAAGCAAACCACAAAAGGUGGGCAUCUUCCUAGACUACGAAGGGGGCGUCCUGUCUUUCUACAAUGCCGACGACAUGACCCACAUCUACACCUUCGUCACGUCCUUCUCCGAGACCAUCUAUCCGUAUUUCUGUCCCUGCCUCAACGACUCGGGGAAGAACGGAGGCCCUCUAAAAGUUCUCCACCAUAUACCGUGAGAAGCGGUUAGAUAGCAUGAAUAUUGAAGGGCUCCGAAAGAGGAAUCAUUCCAGCCAAAAUACCUUCUCCACUGUCGUGUGUUCCUUCUGUAACCUAGAAAAUCCCUAGCAAGCCAAGGAGCGGGACUGGGACUAUAUGAUUUAGUCAAACUCCAUUAAUUAAAUAUUCAUUAUGAUGAAGGAAACCAGUUCCAAGUGUGGGUUUCAUUACUGCCCCAGUCUCUGUCAUCUACGUCAUUCAUUAAGUCGGUUCUGCUUUAGUACCUUAAGCUCUUAUCACUUUGCACCCCCCACUACUCGGUAAACUAAGCUGCAAAAAGGAAAUUAAUGUAUGUCAUGUUUAUAUUCCAAGUACAAUAAACUCGAACUGGAA